GCGUCGUCAACGCCAGCACCGCCGACGCCAUGUUUGCUGUAUACUCGCUUCCGGUCUCACAAAGCUUCUGCUUCCGCUAUCGGGGGAUUUACUUCCGGGUCCUGCGUGGCAAUUCAAAGAGAAGCGGGAGAAGCUGCAGAGAAUUAAUUUGAUAGCGCGUAUUAAUGGCUCUAAAGAAGUCAUCCGUCUCCCUGGACUCUUCCAGUGAUGCUGAGGAGCUGCCGGUAUUUACCUUUCUGAAGAAGGAACCAUGUUCAACAGAGAGGAGGCAGCCCCCGAGGGAGGAGAAGAUCGUAGUGGUUCACACCUCCGAUUCUGAGGCCUCCUGUCCCCCAUCACCAAGGUGGAAAGAUCCACCACCCGCCCCAGACACAGCUGACACCAUCACAGCAGCACAGCCGGUCAGGGUGCUGAGCAGUGGAAGUGAGGAGGAGGAGGAACUCAUUCCCCUGGCUGAGAGGCUUGCAUGUAAGUUUUUGACCCACAAGCGGCUGAGCCCUGAGGAUCCUAACUCCCCAGUUAAAAGCGUUUCGGAUCAUCAGAAUACCGAAGGAGCCUCACGUGCCUGGGAAAAACUCUUUCCAAAGAUCUGUGACGUGCCCCUCCAAGACCCCUCAGAAAGGUGUACAUUGAAUAACACGGACUCUACGGGAGACAGUCCACGCCCUCAGGUUCCAGCCUCCCAAGCCACCUGCCCUCUCCGGAGCUUCAGCUCAUCAGUAACCAAACCAAAUGCUGAGGCCCGCCCAGCUCAGAAGAGAACCAAGCACAGUCCGAAGGUCCAGCGGAGAGGCUCCCCGGGACGAGCACGCCGGAAGGAAAGCACCCGGAGACCACCGCCAAGGGACAAAGAGGCAGCACCGGCUAACAGACCAAAAGCCCUGAGGCCCGAGGAAUGCUUAAAGCACGUCGCUGUGGCGCUGGACCCAGAGCUCUUACAGAUGGAAGGCGGGGGCCAGCUGCUCGGAGCGCUGCAGGCCAUGGAGUGCCGCUGUGUGAUCGAGGCGCAGGCCGUGCCUCGCAGCCUCGCCUGGAGGAGGAGGGCCUGGCCGGCUGCGGAUGGAGAGGAGGCCUGGGUGGAGGAGCCGAUGGUCCUGGUGCUGCUUCCGGCAGAGGCGUUUGUCUCCAUGAUCCACAACUUCAAGCAGGGAGGUCCAGGCAGCACUGAGAGAGGGAAGGAAACGCUUCGGAGCUUUGUCACAGACAUCACGUUAAGAACAGCGGGAAAAGCUCUGUCACUGGUGAUUGUGGAUCAGGAGAGACGCUUCAGUGCUCCACAUCCUCCAAGGAGAAGGAAACAGGGAGUGGCAAACGGAGAACAGGCCAAGGAGAAGAAGAAACAUAGACCACCAGAGGCCAACUCAGGGCCCACGGUGUCCAGGGUAGACAUGGAGGAGGCGUUGGUGGACCUGCAGCUACAUACACACGCCCAGGCUCGAGUUGUGCAAAGCUGGAAAGAGCUGGCCGACUUCGCGUGCUCGUUCACGAAGGCCGUGGCUGAGGCGCCCUUCAAGAAACUUCGAGAUCAAACUAAUUUCUCCUUCUGCCCGGAGAGUGACUGGGCUGGAGGGGCGAAGGUGGACCGCGCUGGCAGGGGCCUUGCUCAGGUCUGGCGGCGGCAGAUUCAGCAGCUGAACCGAGUCAGCCUGGAAAUGGCCAGUGCUAUUGUGGCCGCCUAUCCCUCCCCACAGCUCCUGGUCCAGGCUUACAGGCGGUGCUUCUCAGAGCCAGAACGCCAGAAUCUGCUUGCAGACAUACAGGUACGCCGUGGAGAAGGCGUGACAUCUACCUCCCGCCGCAUUGGACCGGAUCUGUCCAGGCGUCUCUGCCUUCAGAUGACCACAUUGCAGCCAGAUCUCUCUUUAGACGGUGCAGACUGAAGCUAGCCCCAAGGGACAGGGUGAAAAGCUGGAGAUUCCUGCCUCGGGACAUGACCAAUGAAGAGAGGGAAGUGUCUCCUGGAGCACAAGCCUAGGUCAGGCCCACACCAGGCUCCUUCUUGGGCGCCAUUGUGGAAGUCUCCCUACUUACCAGCUGGCUGAGAUAUUUGCCGUUUUCUUCACCAGCAUUCGUUUUGCCUCUUGGCAAAAAUCAAGUGCCAUGCAUAAGCCACCCCUGCCCCAGCCAGCCCUCAAAAUACAAAGGAACACAGACAGACCAUUCAGACACGUAUUUAAUAGUUGUAGAAAUCCAAAAGAACCUCAACAUCAAGGCUUGAGAUCAUGAGUGAAGUGCCCUCGGUGGGUUGGCUUUGCUAAGCUGGUUGUCCAGCCCUGUUGGCCCACGGAGGCUGCCUCAACCAGCCAGGGAACGGGUCUGAUACUGUGCGGACUUCUGUAUUCUCAGUCUUUUCUUAUGUACUAUGUGUUUAGUUUCAAUAAAGCAUUUGUACCAGUG